GGAUACAUCUGAAGUUAAAAACUACCAAACCAGCUAUAAAUGGGAAUCUCCAGCUCUGCGACAACAACUACCUCAGGUUAUGCAUUUAUCUCCUAUUCAAGCAGCAGGGAAAAUGUACACACUUCAACAAAUAUCAGAUAUGCCCACCUCAAAUUUUCAGGAAGGAGCUACCUACAACACCAUUGCGAAAGUUAAAUCUAUUGUACCUUCAACUAAAUGGUACUACAAAGGAUGCAAACGUUGUGACAGAGGAUACAAUAACAACUCAGAUACUCCAACAUGCCUUUGCACAAAUUCAUCUCCAAAGCCAUUGUACAAGCUACCAAUUACACUUACAGAUGACUCGGGAGAUUUAGAUGCCAUUGCUUUCUCUAAAAUUGCUGAAGAACUGGUUGAGCGAGAUGCCAUCCAAGCUUCUCCAAACAUGAAAGUUGAUACCGCGGAACAUGUGACCGCCCUAUAG